AUGAUGGACUCUGUCCUUGCAUCCUCCGUGGACUACUCCCUGGAAGAUGGCCGAGGCAUGUACAAGCUGGCCACGGAUUUGGCGAGUCAACUGGAAGAUCAGGGUGUUGCUGAAGUGUCGGCACUCAAGGAGGAGUGGGUCAAUGACACUGUCCACACGUACUCCCUCCUGCUGGGUCUGGAUGAGACGCAUUGUCAUGGCUCAGACCUGAAGAUUUACGUAUACGACGUGCCAGAGAAUCUUACCAGCCAUCCGUUGGACUGCGUGCUGGGCCAGUGGGGCACAGAAGUCCUAUUUCACCAAUACUUGCUCAGCUCUGCGUGCAGAACACUGCAUCCGGAGGAGGCCCACUUUUUCUUUGUCCCAAUCUACGGCACAUGCCUGUUUACGAAGCAGGCCCUGGAUAACGAUGGUGAUGCAGCUGCCAUGAUUUGGGACCCCUUGGUCAGACAUAUAUUUGCCGAGCCCUGGGCCCAGCGGAAUAGGCUUAUGGAUCACAUCUUCUUGUUUGCAGAUGGCCAGUCUGCCCGCAUCUGGGAUGCGUACGACUUAGUCAGAAGCGAGGCAAUUUUCCUGAUGGUUGAGUCCAAAUGCCCCACGUGGGAUGAGCCUGUGAGAAGGUAUAGCGACAUCAAAUCGUGCAGCUCCAGCUGGAAGGACAUAAUUAUCCCGGGGCACAUUGACCAUGCGCGGCUGCAGGCGAUGCGCCGCUUCAAUCGGCCCACGGAGGAGCGGGAGCUGAUCAUGACCUUCCACGGCAGCUUUUCCGGCAACAAGGAAGUCUACGAGCAGUGUGAGAUCAGAGAUCGUGUCAUGGACCUCGGGCAGUUUGAAGGUGUCGAUGUAGGCGGAUUUGUUUCCGACUACCUGCAGGUUAAGGGCAACGCCCAUUUUUGUUUAAUCCCUGCUGGCACUUCGCCUUGGACAAACCAGCUAUACGAAAGCAUCCACUGCGGAUGUAUCCCUGUCAUUCUGUCCGACGAGUACGAAGUGGCAUUCCAACACCUGAUUGACUGGAGGCGCAUAAGCAUCAAGUGGCCGGAGGCGCAGGUCGGCGAGGAACUCUACAGGUUUCUCUCCUCCUUGCCAAAGGAGACAGUCGCAGGCAUGAAGGCUGAGGUCGACGAGCACAGCUGCUGGUUUGACUACUUCUCCACAAGAGAGGUCGAGCGGCUCAAUGGAGAGAUUUCCGGCUUGCGUGAGAAACUGGCACAGAUUGCGGGUGAGCGAUCUUCAGUGCAGCAGAUUGAGGAACUGGAUAGUCAGCUCCGCUUCGCUUCCGGGGAGGUCCAGCGCCUGCAGUCUGAACUUGAGACGGUCAAGAAACAGGAGAGGGCUUUGCAGAAGGGCAAGGCCAAGGAAUCUUCGGAGCUGGGCAAGGUGCUGCAGGAGAAGCAGAAGAUGCAGGAGCUUAUCCGGCUGCGUUCGCAACUUCAGCAUCGGGAAGCUAUUCCUUCAGCAGUGGUCCUUGCAGAGGAACUAGAAAACGCCAGACGGGAUGUCGAAGCAAAGGAUCUGCAAAUUCGUGAUCUGCAGCUUGUCGGUACUCGAAUGGGCUCGCAACUCAUAGAAGCAUCAGAGAAGCAGAGGCAAGGAGAGCUGAUGCUGAGAAGGGUGCCGGAGAUGGAGGCCGAGAACCAACAGCUCCGCACCGACCUCUCACAGAAGGUGGCAGAGCUGGCGGAAGUGGAGGAAAGAGUUUCGAAGCUCGAGGACCAGCUGAGACGACGUGAGGAAGCAGCACCCGAGCUUACUGCUGCAGAGCUCCUGGCGACCGAAGCCGAACGCCUUGAGGAGGAAAAUCACGUCGGGGUUGUGAACUGCUCCCUUGCAAGCGGUAUCUCCAGGCUCAAGUCCUCUGCCCCCUCGUCGAAGAUGAGUGCCAGUCAGGUGUCUAAGAAAAGGAAGUUCGUCGCAGACGGGGUUUUCAACGCGGAGCUCAAUGAGUUCUUGGCUCGCACUCUUGGUGAAGACGGCUAUGCCGGAGUAGAGGUGCGAGUGACGCCCAUCCGAACCGAGAUCAUCAUCCGAGCAACGCGAACUCGUGAGGUUCUGGGGGAGAAGGGGCGCCGCAUCAGAGAGCUCACAGCCUUGGUGCAGAAGCGCUUCGGAUUUCCCGAGAACAGCGUGGAGCUCUUCGCUGAGAGAGUAGAAAACCGAGCCAGCUGCGCCAUGGCACAAUGCGAGUCCCUGCGAUUCAAGCUCAUUGGAGGCUUGGCAGUCCGUCGCGCAUGCUACGGGGUCUUGAGGUUCAUCAUGGAGAAUGGAGCCAAGGGCGUUGAAGUCAUUAUCAGCGGCAAGCUUCGUGCCCAGCGCGCCAAGGCCAUGAAGUUCAGGCAAGGCUACCUAAUUUCUACAGGCGAGCCCAAGCGACAUUACAUCUCUGAAGCGGUUCGACAUGUGCAGAUGCGACAAGGAACCAUUGGCAUCAAGGUCAAGAUCAUGAUGUCCCACGAUCCAGAGGGCAAGAUGGGACCUAAGAUGCAGCUCCCGGACAACGUGAUCGUCCAUGAGCCCAAGGAGGAAGUGCCUAUGAUGAUGCCACAGGAAGAGCAUGAUGGCGGGUACCAGGGCGGGUACGACAACCAGGGUGGCGACGGAGGCGCGCAUGUAUUCGUGGCUCCAGUUGUCUUGGCCAUCGCAAGUGACCCAACCUGGCCAUUCGGCACCAAGUUUCGCAGGCAGAGGUCAAAAGACGAGAGGAGCAGAUUCACCUACCGGACCCUGCCGCUUGUCUGCUUUGGCGAGAGUUGGUUCAACAUGAGAUGCUCCGAACUGCUGCGUGAUCUGACAAGUGCCGGAGCCCGGCCUGAGGAUGCACCGAGGCUCGUGAUCGCUGCUUUGCAGAAGCUGCAGGCGGCGGUAGCCAAGCGUGAAGCAGAACUCAAAGCUGCUAAUGAGAAGAUCGCGGAGCUCUGCAAGUAUGGAGCGAAGCGUGAUGAGGAGGUGCAACGUGAAGCCUAUGACGCCCUCCGCGUGGAGUUGCUGGAUGUCUCGAAACGAUGCGCCGAUGCUGAAGCCAAGCUGCGGGAACUCGGCGUGGAGGAGGCUACAGCUGCCGGGCAAAGUGCCCUCAUCACCAAGAUGUCCAUGCUGAUUUACCAGCUGCAGGUAUGCGUGCUCUCUGGCACAGGAUUGAGAGCUAAGAACUGGCGACCCGGACCAGACAGCGAAGCUCUCUCAUGUGCAGUGGCAGUGGUUGGCAAGGAGGAGACAAAGUUCCUGACCAAACAGGUCCGAGAUGCCAAGAAUCCUGCGUGGAAUCACACAGACGAACUCCAGAUGUCACACAGCGAUUCGCUGCGAUUCGUGGUCCAGGGGACCAAGGGCGGAGCUUUGGGAAAGGCGCGAUAG